AUGACGGCCAUCCUUCACAACAUAGACGAUGCAAACCGCGUCAACCCCAACAACCUUGGAACGGGUUGGCACUUGUCCAACACGAACCUUGCUUUGAAAGGCCCCUUCGGAGGUCACGUCUUUGAACCCCUGACUGCUAUCGCCUACGUGAGGCCCGCCGACAAACUUCAGCGCGCCAAGACCUACUGCAUUGUCGGACCCUUCGGGCACAAUCACAAUUCGGGGGAAAGUGCAAUCAAACACUCCCACAACAGCAAAACUGAUGUAGUAAUCAAUCCUCAAGACCUAGGAGACCUCCUAGCAGGUAAAGCUGUAGUGAACGGCGUUGGAAAGAUCGUUGAUUUCUAUUUUGAAGAUGUAGACAAAAUAACUGGUUGGGAACUCACUGUCAACGCCAAACACAAUUGGUUUGACCCUCGGACCGAAGAAAUCAAGGAAUUCAUUAUGACUUAUCAAUUCGGGCUGUUUACUCCAAUGAGCUUUUAUUGGCCGCAGAUUGCUGUGGGGGCAAGGAUGUUGCUGCAUGGUUAUGUUAUUAGGAAAGAUAUCGUGUCUGGAAGGUUUAUUGUCAAGCUCUAUCUAGCAAUCACCUCUGUUCAUCCACAAUUCAAUUAUAUCAUAUCAACAAACCAAUGUAUCUAUGGCAUCUAUGGCAUUGAGGAGGGCUACAAUGCUAAGCAGGGCGGGCACUGGGAACCUCUCACAGGGGUUGAUAGAUGCGGCGAUAUGUAA